AUGGUUGGCUUGUGCGGAUCUUUUGUGGUGAAGCUCCGCCAGCAAAAGCUGAGGAAGGAGGCACAGAUACAACGGCUGAAGGAGAAGAACUUCGUGGACACUCGCUCGGAGGAGCAGAAGGUCCACGAUCUGUGGAUGGAGGCGUUAACGGACGAGAAGGGUCACUUCAUCACUGGCUACAAGGAGCUGCAAUUGCCAGAUGGCUCGCUCUACAGUGGCCAGCUGGAGAACGGAGACCCCCAGGGCGUCGGCAAGAUGAUUUGGCCGGAUGGAAGGACCUUCCGUGGGAAGUGGCUGCGUGGCCAGCCUCACGGCCACGGAGUGAUGUGCUCCAUGGCCCCGCAAGACAUGGAGUACGACACCUGGGUCUACUGCGGCCAGUUCACCGACGGCUUGAGGAACGGCGUGGGCCGUUGUGAGUGGCCGGCGGUGGGUUCUUGGUACGAAGGCGAUUGGCUCAUGGACGGUGAGCACGGCCUGGGGGAGCUGGGCGCCGGUGCUACCGAGAGCCAAGACGGGGACCCACAGAUUUGGAGCAUGUACAAUGGCGAGAAGCAGGAGAAUGUGGCGCAGAGCCGGGUGGUACCUGGCCUGGACGAUGAGCUCAUGGUGGUUGUCUUGCAGGCUGCCAAAGACUUGAAGCUUUCGGAGCUGGACGACACGGAGCUGCUGCUGCCGAGAUAUGGCAUGGCCGUCGGCAAUCCUCACGUGUGGAUCCCGCGUCAUGAGCAUGCUUUUUUGGUGACCUGGAUCGAAGAGGAGGGCCCCCUGGAUGCGUGGAACCGGGCUCAGCUUCGGCAAGCUGGGCCAGGCGCGAAGGUGGUGCUGCCGAAUUGCACGGUGUGGAGCGUGAACGGCAUUCGUGGCAACAUCAGCAAGAUGACGGAAGAGCUUUUGUCGCCGACACAGACCUCGCUCACGCUAGAAGUGUGGUGCCCGGCGCACCAGCGCUUGGAUUCCAUGCGCGACGACCUGGCCAAGCGCGCGGGCUGGUUCCGCACUCCCGGCGACCAGAUGAACUUUGUGGGCUUGAGGUGGACUCAGAAGUCCAAGCAUGCUCGAGAGCUUGAAACGGCGAGGCCAUGGAUGAAGACAGCGCUUAACGUGCCCAACGUGGAGGCGCACACCGAGACACGUUCAGGCUUAGAGAGGUCGCCUGCGAGGAUGACGGAUAGGCCUGGGCUUCCGGCCUUGCUCCGGAUGCCGGAGGUCCCAGCACCCCCGACUCACCUGGUGGCCAGCGUCACCCUCAAGGCCUCCAAGGCCGAAGCCGCGCUGCCCUCCCCGACGUCCCUGUCGAAGGAAGCCCCCAGGUCAAAGGUGGAGGCCCCGGUGCCGAAGCUCCGCUGGCCUCAAGCGCCCCCCGCGCCCUCCGAGGCUCCACCAGCAGCUGCGCCCUUUGUAGAGGAGCAGGAUGAGCGAUUGCGGCGGGUCGCCGAGGCCACUACGCCCCCGAUGUCCCCGCACUGA